AUCACUUUUUGUGUUUUUUGUAGAUUUUUUUUUUAAUGCAUGAUAAAUUAUAAACGUCAUGUAUACAAGCUUAUUUUUUAACAGUGUCGUACUGAUGCUCAUUAAUUUUGGUAUUGCAUGUUAUUUUGGUCGUAAAUUUUUUCGGGUCAUGAAAAAUCAUUAUCAGCUGGUAUCUGAAAUUGCUGAAUUUAAUUCAAUAGUACGCGAAUCAAGGCUGAAUUUAGAUUUCACGACAAAAAAAGUAUCGGAAGCAAUAAGAGAAAUUGAGAAUGACAUCAACGAGGAGCUGGAACUCACCCACGAUCUAACGGAGCUGAAUGAAAAAAUGUCUGGACUUUUGAAACAUUUUUCCGCUGUCGAAGAAAAAGUUAUCGAACUGGUGAGAACGAAUUACAAUAUGGAAAGCGUGACGAUUUCGACGCCCGUCGACAUAAAUCACGAAGUGAAGAGAGUGCUGAGGAAAAUAAAGAAGCUCGAGAUGGGAAAAAUCGAGGAGCACAAAAGUCUUGGCAAUUUAGACUGCGUGACUGGAUAGUUACAUUUGAGAUAACAUUUUUUAAUUGACAUUUUAUUUUUCAUCCAUUUCUACAAUAACUUACAAUUAACAAUAAUAAACAUCAGAGAUAUUAAAACAUCACGUAAGACAUCAACAUAAAAUUCAUAUGAAGCUGAGAAUGAAUGUGCCAAGUUGUCAUAUUUCGGUAUUUUUCUAUUCAUUUCGACACAUUUU